AUGGAGCAGGUACACAGUUCAAAGACCUUGACACUGGAGCAGGUACAUAGUUCAAAGACGUUUACAUUGGAGCAGGUACAUAGUUCAAAGACAUUUACAAUGGAGCAGAAUGACUUGAUACAGAAUGACUUGGUACAGAAUGACUUGGUACAGAAUGACUUGGUACAGAUUGACUUGGUACAGAAUGACUUGGUACAGAAUGACUUGGUACAGAAUGACUUGGUACAGAAUGACCUGGUACAGAAUGACCUGGUACAGAAUGACUUGGUACAGAAUGACCUGGUACAGAAUGACCUGGUACAGAAUGACCUGGUACAGAAUUACUUGGUACAGAAUGACUUGGUACAGAAUGACCUGGUACAGAAUGACGUGGUACAGAAUGACUUGGUACAGAAUGACUUGGUACAGAAUUACUUGGUACAGAAUGACCUGGUACAGAAUUACUUGGUACAGAAUGACCUGGUACAGAAUGACCUGGUACAGAAUGACCUGGUACAGAAUUACUUGGUACAGAAUGACCUGGUACAGAAUGACCUGGUACAGAAUGACUUGGUACAGAAUGACCUGGUACAGAAUGACCUGGUACAGAAUGACUUGGUACAGAAUGACUUGGUACAGAAUGACCUGGUACAGAAUGACCUGGUACAGAAUGACUUGGUACAGAAUGACCUGGUACAGAUCGACCUGAAACAGAAUAAUAUGUUACAGAGUGACUUGGCUUAG